AUGGAAGAGAACUUCACUGAUCCUUCCUUCCAGGACAACAAAUGGAGUGAUAUUUCUACAAACCACAGUUACGGGUGCCACUGGGGAAAACCUGUGUACAUAUUCUACGUGGUGACUAUGACCAUCGCUGGCAUCGGCCUUCCUUUGACACUUGUGGCCAUCGUCGCUAUUUGUUCACUGGUACGAAAGGAUCACGUUGCUCCAAUAUACGUCAUCAACCUUCUCAUUUCUGACCUUAUUCAGCUCAGUGGCAUGAUCUCAAUGUCGUAUGAUAUCAACAAACACACCAUCUGUCGGUCAAUUAUUUUAAUUCAUGAGUUUGGAGUGACAGUCAGCAUUUUCUUCAUGGUGGUAAUCUCUCUGGAAAGGUAUUUAAUCACUGCCUGGCCACUGUGGUACAAAUUCAAACGAAACAUCAAGACAUCUGUGAUCGUCUCUGUGGUCGUCUGGCUCCUUCCUCUUUUAUACCUCCCAAUCGUUUUCUUUGCCAAUGAUUACACAGAAACCAUCAUUGCAUGUUUCCUGCUCCUCCCAUUCCCCCUGCUCAUAUUCUUCCUGGGUGGGACCCUCAAAGCUCUGUCUUCAGCCCGCAGUGUCCCCCCUGAUGAAAAACGGCGCAUUGUAGCAGUUCUGGUCCUGGUUUUGCUGAUUUACACUCUGCUGUUUCUUCCGCGAGUUAUUCUUUCCUUGUCAGAAAAGGACAAACGAUAUCAAAAUUUUGAAAUAUUGACCGUGCUUCCACUUUUCUUCAGUCCUUUGGCAGAUCUGUUUCUGUAUGUUUUCAUGCGGAAAGGGAUCUGUGACAAGCUUUUGGCCUCUCUGUGUUGUUGCAAAAUGGACCAUGAUGAUGGCACAUCACUGGAGUCCAGAGUCACUCCAGCCGACGAAGUGGCAGUCACUAACACCAGUGAUUUCCCCAAGCAAGACAAUACAUCUUCAAACAUAGUUAAAGCUACUUAA